CCUCCCGCCACGAUGCUGGCCCUCCGAGACCAGGAAAAUCUGGUGCAUAGCCACCAGACCGUCGCUGCAUCGAAGCCUUUGAAUCACGGUGGCAAGCAGCUACAGCCCAAAACGCCAGGAGCCCGAGCCCCGAAGACGCCCUUCAAAGUGCCAUUAAAGGAUGAAAACGACCCCUUGGCAUUUGGAAAGAAAACUGUGAAAACCUUUGGGAAGCAGAACGAAAACACCAAACCAUCCGCCAAAGAUGCCUUUAUUACUCCUAUGGGAGAUACUCGCAACCGUGCCCCCCUGGGUAUGAAAACGACCAAUGCCAAAGCUAGAGGUUUACAGACCCCCGCAGUCCCCGCAGGAACGAUAAAGACGGUCAAGAAAGCUUCAACGCAGAGGGUCAAAAAGUUCUCUCCCUUUGUAGAGCAGCCGCAGUCGCAGGUGCAGCGAGAGGUGCAGGUUCGGCCUCCGCAGGAUAAUGUCCCCGACAUCGAGUACAUGCCUCCCAAGGCCAAAGACCUCCCAGAUUACCCUGACGACAUCACAUAUGACACCUCAUUCCCUCAGUUUCAGCCAAAGAACUUAGCACUGGGCUUGGAAAGCGUCUACGGUGAUAAUGAAAUUGGAAGCGAUGGACUCACAAAGCGGGAGCGCAAAUUCCAACAAGAUUCGGUCGCGUACGACAAAAUGGUGGACGAAAUGAUCCUGAAGCAGGUCGAGGGCAUGGGAUUUGACGAAAGUGGUGAUAGUGAUCAGUGUCGUAGGACAGGCAUGUCGCAGCACCGUCUUGAAGCACGCCGUCCCAGGAUUCCUGCGGGUAAAACCAGAUAUCAUACUGGGAUUUCCACCAUUCGUGCCCGGGAUGCCGCUACCGCUCUUUCAAGCACUGAACGUUCCAUCUCACAACCCCGGGCAGCUCUUGUGAAGUCGAAGGUGAGAGUUGCCUCGUCAUUAUUCCCUUCGAAGAAACCUCGAGUCCCUAUCAAUCCCUCCGCCAUGCGCCAUGCCGCAGCUACUGCAAGCUCCCGAACGACCCUGGGGUACACCAAGGGUCGUGAAGUGUCGUCUCGGCUGCAAGGCAAGAACAAGACCCAUGCCCAGCCGCCAGCCGCCCAAAGAAUUUUAUCUCCAGAGACCUACCUGCAGCCCUACGGAACUUCUUCGGAUGUGGAAGUGAGCCAACCAGCUGAAGAGCUGUUUCCUCCAUUUGAAGAAGAUGAAGAGACCCUCAACUUCCAGCUAACCUUGUAAGCACAAGGAAACUGUGAAAUUUAAAUUUUCAAAUGAUGCAAGCUGGCUUGAGAGCCCCGAUCACGACUACGAUGUUUUGCACCCUUGAUAUUUAUUUUAUUUUAUUUUAUUUUUCCGGUUGCCUGCCACCUUCCCGCUGAAGGGUUAAUUAAAGAAAGGGGAGGGGGCGUGGAUCAAGCAAUGGCCAUCAAUGAAUUACUACUACUACUACGGCUUACUACCGGUAUGGGGCGGGGGGGCGUCUGCUACUUGUAUUUUAUUAUGGAUUGUUGGGGGUCUGGAUCAGAGGCAGGAAGGACCAUUAUUUCCACAUUGAUACACUAUUUAAGGACCACUGUUACUGGAGUUUAGGGCAAUGACA